UCCCUAUUGGCUGUGACGAGGGCCCUGGGAAUCAUACGAGUGAAAAAUCACAAUCUUCCAGAUCCUGAUUGGAUCUGACGACUCUGUCACCCUGCUCAGUUCAGCAAUGGCUCUGUGCUUGGGGCAGGUUUUCAGCAAAGACAAAACAUUCCGGCCUCGAAAGCGAUUUGAACCUGGAACCCAGCGCUUUGAGCUGUACAAAAGAGCCCAAGCGUCUCUGAAAUCAGGCCUGGACCUGAGGAAAGUGGUGCAGCUGCCGGACGGGGAGAACAUUAAUGACUGGAUAGCUGUGCAUGUGGUGGAUUUCUUCAAUCGAAUAAACCUCAUCUACGGGACCGUGAGCGAGUUCUGCACUGAGAAGAGCUGUCCCAUCAUGUCUGGAGGGCCACGUUAUGAAUACAGGUGGCAGGAUGGGGAUCAGUACAAGAGGCCCACCAAACUGCCUGCUCUUAUAUACAUGAACCUCCUGAUGAACUGGAUCGAGUCCCUCAUCAACAAUGAGGACAUCUUUCCUACACGAGUAGGAGUCCCUUUUCCAAAGAACUUUCAGCAGGUGUGCAAGAAGAUACUGAGCCGCUUGUUUCGAGUGUUUGUACACGUGUACAUCCAUCACUUUGACAUGAUCUGUAGUAUGGGAGCUGAGGCCCACAUCAACACCUGCUACAAACACUACUACUACUUCAUCUCUGAGUUCAGCCUCAUCGACCACUCGGAGCUGGAGCCUCUUAAAGAAAUGACAGAGAAGAUCUGUAACUGAAAGAUGCGGAGAACCAAUGGGAAUCCAAAUGUCAAACAUUCAGACC